GCGAGAACCACAAAGAAACAGAAAGAGAUGCGACAGACGGCAGGGACGGCAGCCGGAGGAAGAGCUACAGUCAAAAGAUCAGUAAGGCAACCAUCUGGGAACGACAGAUCCAGAGAAACAGAAAAAAGAGAAGACGGCGGAAUCAGAGCUCAAUCCUUCCUGAUCGAUGAAAGAAGCCAUGCAAGUCCUCUCUGCAGGAGCAGGGUUGCAUGAGACGCUUGCCCUGCUGACAUCACAGCUGCGUCCAGAUGCCAAUCACAAAGAGGACAUAGUCUUCCUCAAGGAUGUCUUCAGUGAGAGGAGUCUCAGCUACCUGAUGAAGAUCCAUGAGAAGUUGCGUCAGUAUGAAAAGCAGAGCCCCACCCCAGUUCUCCAUAGUGCCUCCGCUCUGGCAGAAGAUGUGGCAGAGGAGCUGCAAAGUGGACCAAUGAGUGCUGAGGAAAAAGAGCUGCUGCAUUUGCUGACAUCACCACAUCUCAAGGCGGUUUUGUCAGUGCAUGACACAGUGGCGCAGAAGAACUUUGACCCAGUGCUGCCUCCUCUGCCUGAUGACUUUGAGGAUGAGCUAGACGAGGAGUCUGUCAAGAUUGUCCGCCUAGUCAAAAACAAAGAGCCACUGGGUGCCACUAUUCGGCGGGAUGAGUCCACAGGGGCUGUGAUUGUGGCUCGGAUCAUGAAAGGAGGGGCUGCAGACAGGAGUGGUCUGGUGCAUGUCGGUGAUGAACUGAGAGAGGUCAACGGCAGCUCUGUAAUGCACAAGGGACCAGAUGAGAUCAGUCAACUGCUGUCUCAGUCACAAGGCUCGAUCACGCUGAAGAUCAUCCCAGCAAUCAGAGAGGAGGACAAGCUGAAAGAGAGCAAGGUUUUCAUGCGGGCGCUGUUUGAUUACACUCCACUGGAGGACAAAGCCACUCCGUGUCAGGAGGCAGGGCUGCCGUUUAAGCGUGGAGACAUCCUGCAGGUGGUCAGUCAGGAUGAUCAGACGUGGUGGCAGGCCAAGAGAGUGGGAGACUGCAACCUGCGUGCAGGACUCAUCCCGUCCAAACAGUUUCAGGAGAGGCGGAUAGCCUACAGAAUACAUAUGGGCUCCCUUCAAAGCUCCAAGUCUCCAAAUAAAGCUGUCUAUGACCAGGGAUGUGAUAAAGAAGACUGUGACUGUGAAGGCUAUUUCAAUGGACAGUACAUAGUGUCUCCGAAGUGUAAUGCAGUGGCUCCCUCCUGUGGCCAGGUGUUUUCCUGGGAGUUUUACUCAGCCGGUUUAAGGAGAAGUUUCCGUUUAAGUCGGAAGGACCGUCGUGGUUCUUCAGGAGAGGCCAGUGUUUCUGACCAGAAUGACACAGAAUUCCUGACCUAUGAAGAAGUGACACGCUACCAACAGAAGCCCAAUGAGAGACCCCGAUUAGUAGUUCUCAUUGGUUCUCUGGGAGCACGGAUCAAUGAGCUAAAGCAAAAAGUGAUAUCAGAAAAUCCCCAUCGCUACGCUGUGGCUGUGCCCCACACCACACGGCCCAAAAAGAGUCACGAGAAGGAAGGAGUGGAGUACCACUUUGUGACUAAACAGGUGUUUGAUGCAGAUGCACUGAAUAACAAAUUUAUAGAGUAUGGAGAGUAUAAAGAGAAUCUUUAUGGGACCAGUAUAGAGGCCAUCCGCUCCGUUCAAGCCAAGAACAAGAUGUGUCUGGUAGAUGUACAGCCUGAGGCUCUGAAGGCCCUACGGACAGCUGAAUUUAAGCCUUACGUAAUUUUCGUAAAACCACGAAUCCCAGAGAGUCGCAGACGACGCAGUGCCGCCACUUCACCAGGAGGAGGUGAACAUGGGCGAAUAACAGAGGAGGACCUGCAGGAAAUGCGUCUGUCGGCGCAGCAGACAGAUCAACAGUAUGGUCACCUAGUGGAUCGGGUCCUGAUUAAGGAGGACACUGCCAGUGCCUGUGCAGAACUACGUAGCAUCCUGGAGAGGCUGGAGCGGGAGACCUUCUGGGUUCCUGUGAGCUGGAUCAAAGCCUAGGAGCUCAUCUUUGGUUCAGACUGUUGACCUACAUUUCCUCCGAUGGCUUCUUUUCUUCGGGUUGGACUGCCCUGGGCUUGGCUUCUUUAAACAGUCCAGCAUCUUUAAGAGGAGGCAUAAAGAGACUAAAUAAGA